UUUUCGUAUAAAUAACGCGAGUUCUUUCGUUACAAACAUUGUCGAGUUUGUACACAAACAGUAAACAUGUACAAGGCUGUGCUUUUAGUCUGCGCUCUGGCGCUCACGAUCCAGUCCAUUGCUGGAGCAUGCAUUGGAGCUGGAUUGGGUGCUGGACCCUUCGGUUUUGCUGGUCCUCUUGGUCUGGCUGAACCUUAUGGUCUAGGUUCACUAGGUGCUCCUUAUGGAGCAUACGGUGCUUACGGUCUCGGCUACGGCAUCGGCAACUGUGCUGGACCUUUCCGUUCUGGUCUGGGAUUCGGAGCUUACAUCUAAAAGGAGAUACUUCGAGCUAUUAAUUGUUUAUUAGUCUUGGAUUAUUUUUCGACACCAAACAUAUUUUUUGACUAAAUAAUUAGCGUGAGUAUUACGUCAAAUAUGAAUGGCGUCCAACACAUGUAUAUAUUCAAUAAUAAAUUAUUUAUGAUAU